GACGCCAGGCGGGACAGAGCACAGGGGAUUCCUGGCGCUUCUGCAUACCCUGCCUUACAUCCGCCCGCGCGUGGGAAAUCGACAGCUUUGCGGAAGGAAACGACCCUACUUGGCGGUGUCGGCGCGCACUGUGGCGGGACCAGAUGGCGCGGCCGGUGGCAGUUCGGAGGAUGAGGAGGAUGCGGCGACCAACAAGCGGAUCCGCGUGCUGGAGGCACAGCUGGCGGAGGCGUCAAUGCAGAUGCGAGCGGUCCUGGCGGCGGUGGAGGCAGGUGACAUGCAGGCGGCGCAGGCCUUGGCUCUAGCUGUGCUGGCGACGGUGAACCAGAGCCAGCCGCAGGCGCAGCCGCAGCCGCAGACUUCAGCAGCAGGGGGCGCGGCAGCCGGGCCCUCGGCUCCGCCGGCGCACCCUUCUCAGCUGCUGGAGGCGGGCCAGGCGGCGGCACGACUGCUGCAGCUGCCACAGCCGCCGCCGCAGCAGCAGCAGCAGCAGGCCGGCAUGUCCGCGGCAGCUGCUGUGGGCGCAGUGCCGGGUGUGGCUGCGGAGGGCGCGGGGUCAGCGGACAUGGCAGCAGAGGACGGGGCGGGUGCCUCGGUUGCGGCCUCGGCGGCGGCUGAGGGCACGUCAGCAGCCCGCGGCGCCUCGGGCGGCGGCUCCUCCGCCGCCACGGCCGGCAACUCGGGGGCUGGACUUUGAGGGGGCGUGGGCGGCGUACCGCAGGCGUGUCCGGGGCAGGGGCGGCGCGAGGCUGUACCCGCAGGCCGGCGGCGGAUGGCGGCGGCGGGAGCCGGUGGGGGCGGCAGCGGAGGCGACGAGGGAUCCCGAGAAGGAGCGGCAACUGCAGCUACAGCAACAAGACAGUAUUUUGGUUGCUGCCGGCAGGCCACCCAAGUGCCCAUGUCGCUGACAACGAAUGGAGUCAAAGGACGCAUACAGAGGCU